AUGGAGGACGUUUACACUAUAAAAGUGAAAACAAAACCCGAUGUGAGGAACUUAUAUCCGUCGGAGAGGCGAUAUUCGGCUUCCACUGUAUCUGGUUUAGCUUGGGUCCACAUUGCUUUGGCUGCUACAACAUUCCUACUGAGCUGUCUAACUUUAAUCACUCCAGACACUUCAAAUUUUAACGGUUUCGAAGAUUUAGGAAACUCAACGGAUACAAGUGGCAAAUCCGAUUACGUUUUAGUGCUAGCGCCGUGUUUGAUAACCAUCUUCGCCUUAGCAUCUGGCGUAACAGCACUUUUAGCUUCAAUAAGAUGGUAUAUAGACAGAAAUAUAACUUGGUUUUUCAUCACCUCAAUAUUAACAACACUAGUGUCGCUCUCUUCCUUCGUAAUCGUCGCCAUUUGGACUAUAACAGAUGAUGUGGGGACGGAAAUGAAAGAGGUGUAUGUACUAAAACAUUCCGAUGUAAUGGUGAGUAACGAAACACAUUUUAUUAUACCCAGAAACGCGACGGAUACGAAUGUAGAUAGUAAUAUGCUAACAGACAAGGUUUUGUCUAUCAAUAUUUUGAUAGCAGCGUUUCUAGAGCUAGUAUGGUCUGUUCUGAGCACGAAAAUAGCUUUCAGAGGCAUGAGAAGCAACUACAACGUAGAGGACACGAGAGGAAACUGCGUCCAAGUAGUGACGACAAUAAAGGGUGACAUGAAUAAGAGGAAAAACAACAUAGUCAAUCAUUAUCCGAGUCGGAAGAUAAAGAGGAUAUUUCUGGCGCAGAGCGAGAACGGUUUCUAUUUGAAAAACCAGAAUUCCAAAGCGAAGAACACGGAAACCAGUUCGGAAUUCUACAAGGAACGUAUGAUGAAUUUUUUAAACCGCUGCGCGUCCUUGGAAGGGGUGUCGAACCCGGAACAGACGCCUAGCGUGCGGUCCGAAGUCAACCAGAAGCCGGUACCGAGUACCCCAAAUACGAGGGUCACACCGGUCAGUUGGGGUGACUCCCCCGAACAUAUGGUGUACAACCAGAACAACUUGAAUUUGGAUAGAAUUUUCAAUUUUCGACGAGAGGACAAGACUGUCGAUAGUAAGGACUGA